AGGCGUGACCGACCGAUGACUGUCGGAGGGGCACAGGGACUGAGACAGUCGGACGAUCAUCACAUCUUGAAGGUGAAAUAACCUGCCGACUGUCCUGCUGCGCUGCGUCUCCAGGAGCCGUCUGGUGUAGUCUAAUAAAGUAGGUCUACAGUAGCAGCCUUGAAGAGGAAGAAGAACCACAUGCAUUGUCUCCUGAAGCUGUCCAGUCAUCAACAAUAACAGUCCAUCCGUCAAACCAUCCCUCAUGGCAACGAUCGUCAUGGAGCGGAUUGGGCGUCUGUUCAUCAACCUCCAGCAGGUAAGGACCGUGCCCCAGAUGCUGACAGAGGCCGCCCCCUCCAUGCCAGGCACGCUACGGGACACCGAAGUUCCCGGGUUCUUCAGAGAGCGCUACAUCCACGCCGGCUACCGACCGCUCCACCAGGGCUGGAGGUACUACUGCCUGUCGCUGUUCCAGCGUCACAACGAGACCAUCAACGUGUGGACCCACCUGCUAGGGUCUUUCCUGGUCCUGGUCAAGUUCCUACAGCUAGCUGAGACGGUGGACUUCAUCGAUGAUGCCCACGCCUGGCCCCUCCUCAUUCUCCUGCUGUCCUCCCUGGCCUACAUGGCCUGCAGCACUGUAGCCCACCUCCUGGCUGCCAAAUCAGAGUUCUACCACUACUGCUUCUUCUUCCUGGAUUAUGUAGGAGUGGCUCAGUAUCAGUACGGCAGCGCCGUGGCUCACUUCUACUAUGCUGUGGAACCAAACUACCACCAGUGGGUCUCCCCAGUCUUCAUGCCCACUGCCACCUUCCUCUGCUGCUUGUCCUGCCUGGGCUGCUGCUAUGGGAAGUAUCGCAACUACAGCCUGCGGGUCUGGGUCCGGAAGGUGGGGCAGGUGAUUCCCUCGGCUAUGGCCUAUGCCUGGGAUACUAGUCCGGUGUUCCACCGCCUCCUCCGGUACCUCUGGACCACGUCGCACAGUGAUGACAUCGCUGCCCCGGCCAGUGGCAUAGUCGGCGACCCGGCUAUAUCCUUCCAUGGGAGCCAGGUAGCCUUCUUCCUGUCCAGUGCGUUCUUCUUCACCAACCCCUUCCCAGAGCGUCUGUUCCCAGGCCACUGUGACUUCCUGGGGCAGGGCCACCAGCUGUUCCACGUCUUCCUGGUUAUCUGUACUCUCUGUCAGAUCCAGGCCUCUCACCUGGACUACCUGGGCCGAAGGCCGCUCUACACACAGCUACACGGAGAGGGAGCAGCCACUGUCUAUCUGGUGCAGUAUGGAGCCACGCUGGUGGCCUGUGUCUGCAUAGCAGUCUUCAUUGCAAGGAAAGUAAAACGGUUGCUUAACUGCAGAGACAAGUCCAAAUGAACUGGGUAGGUCACUAUGUAGGAGACUUACAAUCACUUCCCAGUGGGAAAAACUGGUUGAAAUCGGUUGACGUUAUUACAGCCAAAAACGUUUGCCCAGUUUUGCCCGCUGGGUUGGUACCAAAGUUAUCAAUGUGGCCUUGUUUGACUCGACACACACUGCCUUCCUUAGCCUGCUCGAGUUUGUUUCUAUAAUAUUAUGUUUCUUUACAGCACCUGUGUCCUUGACGAUAGUAUGUCUAAUCAUGUCUCAAUGCUUCUGUUACACUUGUGCUAGUUUUGUUCCAUGAUGGGUUUUUUUUUUUUUUUUACAACAACGUAUGUCUAACUACUGCCAAGAAACAUUGUGAUAUGAGUCCUUGUCAGCACUCAAACAAUGAAAUGAAUUUAUCUUAAAGGGAUAGUUUAUUCACUUUCAAAGUAGUAUUAUGUUGUUGGAAAAGGAAGCAUACUGUGUAGUGGGUGUGAUUCUGAAUAUCAACAAUACUGCUAACUAUUCUUUUUAAUGCCGAUCAAUCUAUCCACAUCUAGAGCACUUUUAUAGGCAGACAAAUUGACUUACCCACAUUGUACUUUUCCACCUAUGAGAGUAUAAACUGGGUAUUUCUCAUGUGGGGUCACAAACCAAGGCUGUACUGGACCAACUGCUGAGAAAGUGUAUUAAUUAAUCUGUCAAUGUAAACCUUAUGUCUAAUCUGACAUACAUGUACAGUGGCAAGAAAAGUAUGUGAACCCAUUGGAAUUACCUGGAUUUCAAUUUGAUCUUCAUCUAAGUCACAACAAUAGACAAACACAGUCUGCUUAA